AUGCCGACUAUUUCAAAAAGCUACCAGAACGAGAAAAUCGAUCCAGUGGUGGACUAUUGCAGCAGGCUGACGGUGCAACAGUACCCGUUGCAAAAAGAGCUCCAGGAUUCUACUCUUAAAAACGCUCCAUCGCCAUCAAUGUUGGGAGCUCCAGAGGUUCUUACUGUUGGGUCAAAUUUCAUUCAUCUAAUAGGUGGUAAGAAAGUGCUUGAUAUUGGAACGUUCACUGGUGCUUCAGCUCUAGCAUGGGCACUUGCUGUCGGUAAAGAAGGAAAGGUUUACACUUUGGAUAUCUCACACAAGAAUUUUGCGGAGUAUGGAGUACCGAUUAUUUCUAAAGAUGAAGAAGUCUUUAAGAGGAUUAUACCCAUGGAGGGUUCAGCUCUCGAAAUAUUAGAUAAAAUGGUAGCCAACGGAGAAACGGGGACGUUUGAUUUCGCUUUUAUUGAUGCCGACAAGCAGAACUACCCGAUAUACUAUGAAUUGGUGGUCACUUUAUUAAGAAAAGGUGGUGUGGUGAUGGUGGACAAUGCACUGUGGGAUGGGCAGGUAACCCAACAUCCGUCCACUUUUAAUGAAGCGACCAGGAAAAUAGAUGAAACAAACAAAAAGAUUUUCCAAGAUGAUCGAACGUACUCGGCGCUUCUGAACUGUGGAGAUGGCAUCCAUAUUGCUUUCAAGAAGUGA